AUGAUAAUAUCGCGGUCUAAACACCGCUCCUCGGUUGAGGUUUGCGCCGACUGCGGUGCAUCAGAUCCCUCAUGGGCAUCAAUCAACCGUGGGUUGCUGCUGUGUGCUGAAUGCUGUAGUGUCCAUCGUAGCAUGGGACGGCACAUUUCUCAUGUAAAGUCACUGCGUCAGGGUUCGUGGCCUCCAUCACUAUUAGCUAUGGUGCAAGCCCUGACAGCUCAGAAUGUGAACAGCAUCUGGGAACAUUCCUUACUGGACACAUCAGCACCGAAGCACCUUCGUAAGAAACCACAACCGAAAGAUCCUUUACAUCCAGUAAAGUCAGAGUUUAUCCUGGCAAAACACUUAAGGCUAGCAUAUGUGCUGAGGGCGAGGCGAGAUGAGCCUCCAAGUGAGCUUGGGAGACAACUACACAGUGCUGUGAGGAGUUCAUCCCUGGAUACUGCUAUGAGACUUUUGGCACAAGGAGCUGAUCCUAAUUAUUACAAUCAGGAGAAAGGCUCCAUGUGUUUACAUGUGGCAUGUCGGGCUGGGCAGCCAGCACAGGCCGAGCUGUUGGUGGCGUGGGGUGCAGAUCCCACAACGCGAGAUGCUGGCGGUAAUACACCAGCUGAUUGUGCCAGACAAGGCGGUCACACGGAGCUGGCGGACCGUAUGAUGGAGCUGGUGUACGAAGCUACGGACCGUAUGAUCUACUUCCUGACGGGCGAGCGGCCCGACCACGCCAGCGGCCGCCACUACAUCGUGCCGCGCGCGCACGACACGCACGAGAUGACCGACGUCGCCAAGGCUGCUCGGGGCAAGCUGCAGUUGUUGCCGAACCAUCUUUUCGAAGAGCUAGUUAUGGAUAUAUAUGAUGAAAUAGACCGCAGGGAAACGGAAGCAAUUUGGCAGACAAGUGCCAGCGGGUUGGAGCGAAGUGGUGUGGCGUUUCUCCCGGUGAACCCUGCGCUGUCGGCGCCGCGGAACCAGGGCCGGCAGAAGCUGGCGCGGCUGUCCACCGCCGAGAUGGCAACGCUGCUCAGAGAUGUGCUAGUUGACGCCACCAGGAGACAACAUAUAGCUACUUUACAACCUAGAGCGCUCACGACGCUAGCCCACCCGCUGCUGUCGGCGAGCCACCUGCGCCACGUGUCGCAGCUUUCGGACGACGAGCCGCUCUACGACUCCGUGGCUUCUGACGAGGACUACGCCGCUCUGGCGCCCAUCGACCUGGACUUAUCGACAAUAGUACCACGCGCAGGCGAGACAGUAUCUUCCACGUACAACCCGUCACUACCAGACUCGUUCAGCACAGACUUCCGUCGAACACAAUCACCCAGCCGCCUCGCCCACACGGUCGUACCCGAACAAAAAGACGAAGUGGAAACAUUAAAGAAGCAACUGUACACUAAAGAUUCCACUAUCACCGAACUGAAGAACCAACUCAAGAACUUACAGACAAUUGUCGAGCAGUUAACGAAAGAAAACAGCGUUCUAAAAACGACCAGUAGUGUUGACGAUGACCAAAGUAUGACGUCACAAAUGUCCAUGAACGACAGUACGAGUAACGUUCUAGAAACUUCUAAAGGUCCCGAGAGAGGCAAGAGCUUAGAAACAGAACAGUUGAGUAGAGAAGAGCCCGACGCUAAGCUACCCAAGACGGCUCAGCGACCGGUCAGUAUGUAUGAGACUAGGGAGGGACCAAAGAAUAACUGGCAGGUUACUAAACACCAGCUCACCACGCUGUCGAGCCUGGAGCGGUCGCUGUCCCCGCUGUGCCUGUCGGCGGAGUGCGCGGAGGAGCAGGGUGCGGGGGGUGCGGGGGGCGCGGCGCCGGCGGCGGAGCUGGUGCAGCGGCGCGCCGAGAGCGUGACGCGCGCCAUCUCCGAGCUGUGGGCGGCCGCGCGCGACCAGCACCCGCGCCUGCAGCAGCGCGGCCUCAUCAUCCGACAGGCCGUGCGCGCGCUGCUCGCGCUCUUCCCUCAGGUAAACACAGAUCGCGAGUUAAACCUAGUGCUAGGCGAACUUCGGACGGCUUGCGACGAAGUAACCCUGGCGUGUUCGGCACCCUCCCCCCUCAACGAAGUGAGGGCCGCAGCCUACGACCUGGCGAAGGCCACCAAACUCCUCGUGACGCACUUCCAACCCGACUCAUAG